UUGUCUGCCAUUGAGGCCGCAACAGGACAAAGCCGUUGCCCUCCCUUGUAAUGCCAUAGGGCCGGUGAUGUUCUUAUAUUAUAAUUCGCGAGUCCAACAAUUAAUAACUCCUCCGUGACAUAUAAUCCGCUAAAAAAAGUCGCCUGAAACCCCAAUAACUGUAACUGUGCUGGUAUGUUGUGAUCCCUAAAAAAUUUUUUUAAACAAACUCAACGCAAGUGGAAAAGUGGGAGCCGUGGAGUUGGUUAGAAAUAAAAAACAGUUUCAGGAAAAAAGGAUAAAUACACUAGAAAUGUCUAGAAGGUCUGAGUCAAACACCAUGAGCUCCGUCCGAAUUUAACCAUAGUGAGUAUUUAUGCUGUUUGUUUAGAGUUUAAUAAUUGGGUCUGAUCGAGUCGAGUUGAGUCCUCCAGGGUGAUAAUAAAAAAAAAUAAUAAUAGUUAUAGUAGAGGCUGUGAAGAUAAGAGAAAAUUUGCGUAAUAUUAGAUUGGUAGUUGUAGCUACUGGAAGAGAUGGGAAAUUUAAAUGAUGGAUAACAAGACGGGAAACUUCCAGGACCUAUGCUCUACGCAUUGAUGGGUAUAUGCUUUUCCUGUAGGAGACCCUCUAGCAGUCGGCUGAAUAAUAAAAUUUCUGAGCACAUAUCGGCAUCGGUAACACCCCUCCAUGUUUGUCUGGAGGAACAAGGAAGACCAGAACUGGGCUCGAGUGACGCCGUGGCCAGCAGGACACAGGUUAAGGGUAGCGGAGAUAAUUUGGGCGAAACAAUCAGUGAGUGUUCAGAGGUAGGAUCAACUCCAGUUGAGUUAGAAGAGUGGACUCAGCCAAGCAUGGCCAAUACAAUCAGUAACAUGAAGAUGACUAACCCUAUCAAGGGGCUAGUGAGCAAACGUCGUAAACGUUUUACUGAAGAUGGCUUUGACCUUGAUCUCACAUAUAUACAGACUAAUUUAAUAGCAAUGGGUUUUCCGGCUGAAAAACUCGAAGGUGUUUAUAGAAAUCACAUUGACGAUGUGGUUAAAUUUUUAGAAUCUAGACACAAAGAUCAUUACAAAAUUUACAAUCUCUGUAAAGAGAGAUCGUAUGAUCCUAGAAAAUUUAAAAAUAGAGUUGCCGAGUAUCCAUUCGACGACCACAAUCCGCCCAAUAUUGAACAAAUAAAACCAUUCUGUGAAGAUGUACACAAUUGGCUAUCACAGGAUUGUAAAAAUAUUGCUGCGGUGCACUGCAAAGCUGGCAAAGGUAGAACAGGUGUUAUGGUUGCCUGCUAUUUACUUCACACGAAACAAUUUCCAACGGCAUUGGAUGCAUUGACAUUUUACGGCUCGAAAAGGACGACUGAUAGUAAAGGAGUUACGAUACCCUCGCAAAGGAGGUACGUUGGUUAUUAUGCCUCAUUUGUACAAAAAGGUCUUAUCUACCAACCAGUCACGCUUCUUUUACGGCAAAUUACCCUGGAUCCAAUUCCCAUUUUUAAUGGUAAUCAAGGCUAUUUGCAUUUUGUGAUAUCGGAAGAUAAUAAACGUAUAUUUAGUUCGGAUACUAUUGAAGUUAAAAAAGGUACACCUUCAAUUCGUAUUCCAUUAAAUCAUACUGUUUCAAUAACAGGUGAUAUCCGUGUAGAUUUUUUUAAUAAGAAACCUAAGAUGAAGAGAAAAGAAAAAUUAUUUCAUUUUUGGUUCAAUACAUUUUUUGUAUGUGACAAUCCGUCGUCUGAUAACGACAGUGAGGAAAUGCGCGUUGAACGUUCCGCAAGAGCAUUGAGUUGUGAUGGAACGGCAAUGGAAUUUCCAGCAAUAGCAAAUGCACAUUCAAAACCAAGAACCAGCUCGUUGGCAAGUCUCGGUCCAAUGCCACCGACUCUUGUUCUUGAAAUUGAUAAGUGGGGUUUGGAUGAUGCACAUAAAGACAAAAGUCAUAAAAUAUUUCCUUCUGAUUUUAAGGUAAAUUUACAAAUGAACCGACCAUGGGACGGACCCGGCAGUGGAAUAUCACAAGCAGUGCCAGCAAUAACUCCCAGAACUGAUGUACAAAUUGGUAUGAGCGGACAAGAGAGUCCAAGUGAGUCAAGUGACGCAGAUAGUAGCGAAUGUGACACAACUGGCGACGAGGAUGGAUGGGAAUCAGCGCCAGGAAGAAUAAAUUUGGAUGGACCAUGAAUGUGUGAGAGUUUCGUACAAGUACACAAGACGAGAGAUGUUUUACCAGAAGAAAAAACGCCGAUCGAAUUUAAAUAAAAAAAAAUUAUUAUUAUUAUACGAUAAAAAUAUAAUAAUUUUUUUUUAAUCGACUUAAUCGUCUGUACAAUUCAUCAGUUAACUUUUCUUUAAAAAAAAAACUUUUCAUUUUUUUUUAAAUUCUUGUAAAUUGUUUAUUUAAAGUCUUAAUGUAUGAGUAGGCAUGUUUUAUAAAUUUUUAAAUUACGAGGACACGCGUUCCUGAUUUAUCGUCUAUUUAAUUAUUUAAAUUUACAAAUUAAAAAAAAAAAAAUCCACGAAAUCUACGAGACUUAUUAAGUAAAAUUAAAAUAAAACGAUUGUAUUUGUAUAUUUAUUACGAUGUGAUAUUAAUAGUGUUAUAUAUUUAUCGUAAAACAAAUAAUUAUUAAUUAAAUAAUUUAAUGUUAGACUCUUUUUUUUUUACUGCACUUUUUUUUCUUUUUUUUUUAAUUGUAUUUGUCAGUAACGCACGUAGGAAAAUUUGAAUUUGAAUCUUAAAUUUGAUUGUUUGUUAUACAUAAUAUAUAUAUGUAUGUAUAUUAUGUCCCUUGGUAUUUUGUUAUAUAUAUUUUGAUAGCAUGUAAUUUACUGCAUGAUUACGCGUUAAAGUACACAUUGUAAAACGACACACAAGUGAACACAAAUUUAAAAAUAAUGGAACAAAAACAAUAAUGAUGAUACUGAUACUGAUACUGAUAAUAGACAAGUGAAUUUGAAAAUUUUUACAAAAUGUGUGUGUCUGUUCUCAUCCAGUGGACAUGGAUCAACGUGUUGGCCGAUACCGUCUACUAUCUGAUGGAGGAAUGAUUGAUGUUUUGUGAGCCCGUGACAACUCGAUGCCCUCUAUCAUCAACUCAAUUCAUCCCUCCGAGCUGCAAAUAUCACGCAAUAAUAGUUAAACAUCAAAGAAACUAAAUAAUUUAAAACUUAAUUUAAAUAAUUCAUUAUUUAAAUAAAUUUUUUAAAACUCGUCGUAGUUAAUCCCGACAAAGUCUCUCCUCUCAAAUUAUCUUUUUAUUUUUUUUUCCAGACAAAAAUAAAAUUUAAAGGAAAAUAUUCCAGUAGUUUUUUAAAAUUUUAAUUAAUUACUAUUUUAAUAAAAAAAAAAAAUGAUUGGACUUUUAUAUGUAAAUAUAUGAGAAUUAAUAUGAGAGGAUGAGAAUGUCUAUAAAUAUAAUAAUUAUAAAUAUUCAUUGAUUUACGGCGAUUAAAAUUUCGAUAUAUACAUAUAUAAAUAUAUAUAUUUAUAUAUUUAAAUAUGUAUAUAUAAAAUAGUAAGACUAUUUUUCAUAAGUGAUAAAUUAUAAGUCAAUAAUUGUGCGUAGAGAUUUAAAUUGCGAGCGUACGUGAGAGUGCCUAUUAACGAGUGUAAAUGUAUGACUUAUGUAUGUGUUGUAUGUGUAUGUAAUAAAGAGAGAAAGAAAAAAAAAAAUUAAAAAUCAAUUGAUAAAUAUUAGGAUAGUUAUUAAAAGUACUUUAAAAUUUUUACGUAGCAAUAAAAAAAAAAUUAAAAAUUUUAAAAUACUUUUAACAACAAAUUUAUGAACAACGUGUGUUGUAUGUGUGGAAUAAUUAUUAAUUAUAAUUUAAAUACUGUUAUUAAAAUAAUAUCCCCCGUAAGAUAGCAGUGUUUUGACAAAAAAAAAAUUUUUUUUAAAAUUCGAAUUUAUAUAAAUUUAAAAAUCUUAAAUAAUUAAUUAAAUCUUUAUAUUUAAUAUUUAAUAUAGGAGAUAUUAAUUUAAAUAUAUGUUAAAAUACUGCUGUCAAAGUCAUGAUAUUUUCAACAGUUGCAUAAAUUAUUAUUAUUGUAAUUAGUUAUUGUGAUUUAGAAAAAUUAAACCGGUGCAAAAUUAAAUGAAUUUGUAAAUUAUUAUAUAUAUUGAUUUUAAUUGUUUUAAUUAAUAAUUAUAUAUAUUUUGCACCUAAUUAGCAUUUUUAUUGUAAUAGUGCGGUCCUAUUCAACAAAAAUGCUACACUAUAAAUUUUCGUUUUGUAUAAAUAUUUAAAUUAAAUGAAUUUAGAUAAAAUUGCAGCUGUUUGAAAAUUAAUAUGAUUUGUAUUUUUAUUAUUUUAUUAAUUAAAUUAAUUAAAAUAAAUGUUAUUUUGCGGUGUGCGAGGCUAUAUAUUAUUGUACAUUCGCGUACGUACCUUCCUGGCAUUUCGUAAUGAUAAACGGAUGCAAGAUAAUAGUAGGGAAAUAUAUAAAUGUUUAAUCAAAAAAAUUUUUUAAAAAUAAAUA